GCAUCAGAACGGACUACACCGCCUUGGUUUGAAGAACAGGAAGACCUGAGGGAACCAGGAGAUAGGAUCACAUCUUCAAACCGUUCUACAGGGGAAGCAGUUUGUUUGAUCAGUUUGACCAACUGUUAACAUCCAACCACUCCAUAUUCUCAAACAUGCACCAGCCAAUCCCUGGAGGAUGAAGUAAAAGAUAAAGCGAUUUGUUCAAGUUGUAAAGGAGAUUCAUUGAAAAAACAAACAAGGGUCCACAGAACUUCUGGGGAAAAUGAAAGAAGAAGCUAUCAGACAGGCAACUGUAGAGGAAACAGAUUGGCGUGCAAUUCAAGAUGUGUGCAAGAUACAUAAAGAAGACUUAAGUCUUUUCUGUUUGGAGGAUCAAAUUCCCCUUUGUUCACUCUGCAGAAAAUCCUGGGAUCACGCGGGGCACACUGUCAUUUCCAGGAAUCAACCAGAAAAUCAGGCUACUGGAAAUGUCUUGAAUGGGGGGAAAGAGAGUUUUCCAAAAUCCCAGCCAACCAUUGUAGAAUUUUCAAACAUAAACCCAGCAGACUUCAUAGAAAAAGGAGGAGCAACUGAUGGGAAUGAAGAUGACAACAAGGGUAAUAAGCAUGCAGCUAUUGAGCAGUGUGUGGACUUCAUCUCGGAAGAAAAGAAGGAAGCAGGCACCCAACCCAACGUAAGGGUCAAAAACUCAAUCACCUGGAUUAUCCUCAUACUAUUUGUCAUUCAGAUUGCGGGCUUGGUAACCACCAUCUUCGUUUUUACAAAAGCUAAACCUCAGUUGCCUUCUGCUGCUGCCACCGCUUCCUGUUGCCCAACGGGCUGGCACAUGAACCAAGGGAUCUGCUAUCAUAUUUUGGAAACGCAAGAGAGCUGGAAUGCUAGUCAGAACCGUUGUCUCUCCCUUGGGGCCACCUUGGCUGUUUUGGGGGAUCUAGAGAAACUGAUUGGCGCCAUGAAUGUCAAAGAGCCCUUUAACCACUGGAUUGGCCUCCACAGAAGUUCUGAAGACAGAUGGAAAUGGCCAGAUGGGACUCUAUUUAAAAACAUCUUCGAAGUGGAGGGAGACGGAGGCUGUGCUUACUUGAAGAACGGAGCAGCGAGCAGCGCCGAUUGUGCCGUCUGGAAGAAAGGACUGUGCAGCCUGAAAGGGUUAAUGAACCACAAACUCUGCAGGGCAACAUGACCUCGAAAGAAUUCCUUCUGGAGAGAAAAAAAAAAGAGAGAGUUGGAGCCCUUCACUUUGUGUGCGUGUGUGGGUGUGCAUGCAGCACGAUAAAUUUCUGUGGGUGGCCUUUUUCAUCCGUGCAGGACAUAAACGUUAUUUUACACAGGAUAUAAAACUUCAAAAACUGGCUAGACUGG